GUACACCUUAAGUAGUCUUAUGAGAUGUCUUAAGGUAGAAAUGGGUAAACGCUAAGUUACCGUAGGAGUAGGCCUCAAAGGCUACUCAUAAUAGAGGAACUCUAGGCAUAGAACUUGCUUAGUGAACUAGUAUCGUGACUAGAGGAAGCCUCUAGCACGAUGAAGAAUGACUGGAGGAAGCCUCCAGCAUUCGUGUAGGACGACUAGAGGAAGCCUCUAGCGUAACGUAAUGUGACUGGAGGAAGCCUCCAGCACAACGUAUGUAAGGUGAUUAGAGGAAGCCUCUAACACCAAGUGGAGUGACUAGAGUAAGCCUCUAGCACGACAAAACAUGACUAGAGGAAGCCUCUAGCAUGGUAAACUAAUAUAGAUGGGUGUGGCUUGAAGUCACGGGGAAAGGGUUAAAUGUUUUCAAAGUAAACAUGGGCCUUCGGGCGACUACUUGACUUUAUAUAUAAAGUAAGUAUACUUUCAAAGAGGGUAACCACGGGUUAUGACCUAUAAUAUAAUAACAUCCUAGAUUGAGGGUCUUGGAAAUUGAAACUUUGAUUAUACUUAGUAUAGUUGUCAUUGUACUUGUCAAAUGCUUCCAAGUACUGACCUCCCCUUCACGGGGGAGGCCACCUCACAGUUUCAGGUAGAACUUGAAGGUUGCUACCCUCGCCGUUGCUCCAAGAGAAUUCAGGAGAAGAAGACGUGGUUCGUGCUUCCUCCGUUCCUGUUUUAAACUCAUUUAAAUUAAUGCUCAUGGAUGUUAUCUUUUGAAUAACUAUUUGAUGGCUUGUAUGCCCAUGCUUCGCCAAGUGUGGCUUGAACACUUGUAUUAAACGUUUCCGCUGUUUUCAAUGAAUAUUUUAUAUUAUGUUUGUUUAUGGAUGUACUAUGUGUGAAUGAUAUCCCAGACGCCUUGUAUAGUAUGAAUGUGCUGGACUGCAGUUGACCAUUCGUACUGUACGGCGGAUUGUUGACGUGUCCGGGUAGGUCCGGGGCGUGACAGAUGUAGAUCUGGUCUUAGGAGAUUGUGAAGAAUCCCUUCCUAAGGAUGUGGCAUUCUUGGAUGCAUCAGUCACUGCUUCAACGCCUUUUACAAAUGUGCAAUGGCAAGAUGUUCUUGAAGAAGAUGUUGCAAUAACCAAAGCCCAACCUGCCAUAUAUGAAAGGAAAAAAAGAAAGAGGUUCGUCUCAAAGUAUCAUAGCAGUCCCUUUAUGGAUCUGUGUGCUAAGCGGGUGAAGCCCAGUGAACUUGGAAGCGAAACUGAAAUUCCGGAAGAAGAUAAAGUCUUGAAUGAGCUAAAGACUUGGGCAGAAGCCCCUGCUACUGAGGAACCGGUGUGUGUGAUGUUAGACAUGCCAAUCUAUAUGUCUGUUGAUAGAAAGUUUUUCUGUGACCUGAUAGCCCCACAGGAAUGGCUGAGCAGUAUGCACAUUGAUGCCAUAACCAACUUGUUGAUGAGCCACAGAAUUGAGGGUCAAAAAUGUGAAAUAAUCUCCAUGUUUUUCGUGGUAAUCUCUAACAUCCACAUGUUAUGGAGUGUAGGUGUCUCCCAUUAGUAUUAAAGCAAUUUCUGUCUAUCAUUGCCUAAAUGCAGAAUCAAUUGAAGAAGAAGAGAUUUGACAAGCCAGAAGAUUGGAGUGGAGACAGAUUCUUGAAACGCAUUGACUGGCGUGGGUUGUCAAAGGUAUUAAUUCCGUUGAAUGUUGAAAAUAAACACUGGAUAUUGUGUGAGGUGAAUUUGGAGGAGGUCGUGGUUAAAGUUUAUGAUUCCUUAAAGACUUCCCGAAGUGCGUGGUAUGCAUUUGAUUUGUGUUCGAGGCUUCCUUAUCUACUUCAAGAGAUUCAACAUGACCUCCCACGUCCCUUACACCUUAGACCAUGGGAGGCAGUGGCUGUUCAUGGGGUUCCGCAACAAGGAAUAGGGAGUGGAGUAUGCGGUGUUAUGGUUAUGGCGUUUGCUGAACAUUUGAUGCAUGACCUCCCCUUAACACCCGGGUGUGAGUACGACAACUGCCGCACCAUACGAAACAACUUUGCAGUACGUCUAUGGGGUUUCAGGAAGAAAGCGUAGAAGAUUGAAGAAUGUAUGAGGGCUGUCCACAUGUAUAUUUUUGUCCUUGUAAAUGAUGGGAAAAAACACUUAAACCAAAGUACUUAUUUUUUGUUGCAACAAUUUGUCCAUCAUAUGCCCGAAGUAGUUAUAUAUAUGCUUAUGUUUUGAUGUAAUCCCUAAACCAAACAUAUGUAUAUCAACUUCUGGUUUUGCAGUAUAUGAU